CAAGUGGAUAACGCCGACGUACCGCCGUAACGCUACGUUCGCCACGGCGAAGGUGAGCCGCACGUGGACGAGUGUGUCGUGUGUUUUCUCACACGCAAAAAGAUCCUCCAGAGAGGGUAGGGUCGUAGAGUGGUGGUGGCGGAGCGAGGCCGAGAGCUUUUGCCCGGAACGGAAGCAUCACGGGUGGGAGAUGGAUAUAAGCCCAUCGUCCGGGAAUAAUGCUAUCAGUGACUUUGCGCUACAGUCUCACAUACAGUACACGCGGAACAGCCGAAACGUGGAAGCGUCAUGCUGAAGACAAUUUCUUUCUUCUGUGCCGUCUUGGCUUGCGGUAACGCGGUCGUUCUCAGCGGCUACAACGGCGGCCAUGGCCUGUCCUACAACGACUACAGCGAUCUCGAUGGAUAUCUGGGAGCCGCCGAAUACAAGGUUUUGCCGACGGUCGCGGUCCCGGUGCACGCAGUGUCCGCCGCACCGGUGCACGUCGACGCGUCCCUAGAUCACGGCCUGCACGGUUACAAACACGACACCGAUCACGAUCACGACUACUACUCACACCCGAGAUACACCUUCAAUUACGGCGUACACGAUCCCCAUACCGGCGACGUAAAAACGCAACAUGAAGUGCGCGACGGCGACGUCGUUCACGGCUCGUACAGCGUCAACGAGCCCGACGGAAGCGUGCGGAUCGUCGAGUACACGGCGGAUGACCACAAUGGAUUCAACGCCGUGGUGAAAAAGGUUGGACCGGCGUUGCACCCGAAGCCAGUCCCGAUCGUCAAGUACGUCUCACCGGCAUACUACAACAACUACGACGACUACGAGAAGCAUUAUUAAUUGAUACAAUAAACGUCGUGCAAAUAGAGUCGGCUGUUUCGCUAAAGGGCAUCGAUAGACGUUUCUAUAGUUAAUUACAGAAAAUAUUUGCAACUAGAAGCGGGAUUGUCGAAACGUAUCGAUUAUUUGCUUUUGUUGUUCCGCGCGGUGACUUUUGCCACUUGAUAAAUAAAAAAAAGGAAAAGAAAAUUUGUAUCUUCUAAAUACCGAAACGUACAAGUAAUUUUGUCUUUCUUUUUUAUUUCGUUUCCCGAUGCCCCGUUCCGAGACGUUCGAUUACAUGUAACAGCAACGGCAGCGCAAACAUCAAUUAUUUUCAAAUAAUAGAGAGAUAGUUGUAUCUAUUUAUUUUUGGACGCGCUUCAUCCAACGAAUCGCGAAUCGCAUCGAGAGAUCUCUCGCGUGUGUGUCCUUCAAGAAAGAAGCGCCGUUUCAUUUACGACGGAAUUGAAUUUGAGAUGUAACCGCGCAUGUCAGAGCUAUCGAUUUUGCUUGCAAUGCGCGACUGCGGCGUAAUAACGUAAAUUUCACCGGUUCUCGAGACAUUACGAAGAGAAACUCGCAAGUCUUUCCAAGAGAACCCCUCUCGUGCAUUCGGCUUUAGGUGUCAAACACUACUCGAAUUGUCCUAGUGCUGUGAACAAUUUAGAAACUGUUACGAGGAGGAAAGUAUGUAUACAUAAUUUGGUGGCUCGUAUAGAAAUCGUAUUCCAUCUGUUUGUGUACCGAAGGAAACAUAAUCUCAUACUUAGCGAAAUACAUUUAUGAUUUCAAGAGGAUUCUUUCAAAAUAUUCCAAGAACUAUUUUACACCUUUUUAUCAAAAGAGGAAUAUCCUUUCCGUUUUCACUUGAAAUAUAGGAUUGCAGAAAAUCAAGCACUUUGCAGCUAAGAUCUUUUUUUUUUUAAAUGUUGGAAUGUUUUGGAAGAAUCCUCUCGCGAGAUCAUCUAUAAGAAGAUUCUGCUAUGGAUGGAUAUAUAUAUAUAUAUAUAUAUAUGUGUGUGUGUGUGUGUGUGUGUGUGUGUGUGUGUGUGUGUGUGUGUGUGUGUGUGUGUGUGUGUACUUUUUUUCGAUAAAAGCUCUCGCAACUUUUGCACGGCAGUAUGUAGUUCAGCUUUGAAAUUGGGUUAGAAGUUGGCCAUCACGGAAAUUAACGAGUCCGAUUAGUAUUAAAAGCGAAAACAAAGCGAAAGGAAGCAGUAAACGUCCCGAUACGAAUAAAAUCGUCAACUAGGAAAUAAUUCGUGUUAAAAAUAAAUAAAGUAGAUGUUGAGUCUUUUACAUCCACGCGGGUGCGCAUAAUAUUUGAGGUAGCGGCGCUACCGCGCAUCGCUCGAGACAAAUUUGCGACUUAAGAAUAUCACAUAAAUGUUCAAUGGCCGAACUUGUAGAAAGAGGCCCAUAACAACAGCGAUGCGAAAUAUUUUUAUGGACCGAGAUAAUAAUACAAUCAAAUUAGUCA